AUGUUGGCAUCCCAUGUUCAAACUGUCAAGCAGGCUCUCGAGAUGACUGUCGUCCUCAUCAGAAACGCAAACGGGUAUCUCGAGCAGCUACAGCUCGCCCCACCUACUUCGCCAACGCUGACGGCCAUUCCCUCAACGGCGGGCGGCAUUACAACUGUUGCUGUUGAGAAAGGGGGCUCACCAACCUCGCCUGUAACAGAACAAUCGGAAGGCCAGAGACCUGGUCAAUCAACCCCUGGAUCAAUCGGUCUUGGUGUCACAGGAAUCGACAUCCACGCACAAGAAGAUGGCGAAUAUCUUUACAAGCGACAUCUGGUUGAGUUCAUAGACCAGCCAGAGCUUGUCAAACGACCGAUCGACAACAAAGCCCGUAUGAUCUACAUUGGUACAGAUGUUUCGAACGUCAACUAUCUCGUCCAGCAGCAGUUUGGAGCUGCUGUUCACAAAUCUGAGGUCUGCCAUUACCCAACAAAUCGCAUCUCACGGCGUGCGGCGGGUCACGAUCCGGUAGAUCGACUGCCUCUGGACACAUUUCAAUUGCCACCAAAAGCUGCUGUAGACGAACUUCUGGAGGCCUAUUUUCGACAUGUCAACCCGGGGUUCCCCGUAGUUGAUGAGCGUAUCUUCAUGGGCCAGUAUCGAGCUAGGGAUUCUUUGAAUCCGCCUUCACUUCUACUUCUCUACGCUAUUCUUCUUGUUGGUAGCCACGCCCUUUACGAAGAGGAUUCCGAAAAGAGACAUCUAGCCAAGGCAACUUAUUUUCGUCGUGCCAAAAGCCUAUUGGAUGCUAGAUUCGAAUCAAAUCGCGACACCAUUGUCCAAGCGGCUUUGCUUCUUACUUGGCACACAGACGGAUUGGAAGACGCAACAGCCAACGCAUGGUAUUGGCUUGGAAUAGCUGUUCGCAUCGCCACCGGCCUGGGAAUGCACCGUGACGCAGAAGGCAGCACAUUAGUCCAACACAACAAACGCAUGUGGCGACGAGUAUGGUGGCUGCUUUUCCAAAGCGAUGUAUGGAUCUCGCUUCAGUACGGGCGGCCACAGUCAAUCCAUCUUGAAGACUCGAAUGUGCAGAAGCUGAAAGUAUCAGGCUUUGCUGACUGCGGACCGGAUGCACAGCCUGAAAGCCUCAUUCAAAUGUCUGAACUGGCUAUCAUAGUAUCAAAAGCAAUGCGGGAGAGGAAUCGCGCCUCAAGUGACGAGGCUAGGCGCAUCGUGUUGCGCAAAACCGAUGAGAGGCUGGCCCGCUGGGCGUUGAGGCUGCCACAGUCACCGAAUCUCCAUGGUGCCCUAGAAGCCGGUGUAUGGAACACAAAUCUGCAUCUACACUACAACAUGGCUCUCAUUCUUCUUCAUAGGGCCCAUCCAAAAGCUCCAUCUCGAGACGUCAGUGGCGUAGAAAGUUCUAAGCGCGACGACAAUGCUGAGAUAUGCGUGGCUGCUGCGGGAGUGAUCCAAUCCCUCUUCCAGACCUUAUGCCAAACUGAUGGCAUGCGGUGUCUUUGGCUGUCAACCAUAAACUGUCUAUUCUCCGCUUUGGUUCAGUUAAGCACCGAAAUACGCAUUUCGAACCCCUUGCUUGCCAUCUCGGCCCUUAGAAGAUACGAUUCAGCUCUGGUGUCGCUGAAACAGCUCGCAGAGUACUGGCCUAAUGCAAUGUCUAUCCUGCACUUUUUCGAAAACUCGGUGCAAAUCAAUUCCCGGCUUCAAGAUAGUCACGACGUUUCGCAGCUGUCCGACAAGGACCCUGAAAAUCAAGAGGACGCUUUACAACAGUCAACACUGGGAAGCAAUAUCUACCACACAGCAAAAGACAACCAAGAGGUAACAGAUGGAAGUCAAAAACGAUCUUAUGAGUCAAAUAUUUCGUCUGCCUGCGGUCUCACAGAAGAAACACAUGAAACUGGGGAUUUGAAUAGCACUGGGGAAAUUCUCGACUCUUGGAGACAAUGGCAAAGCCAACACUGGCAUACCCCCGAGUUUUCAGAUGAAUAUUUAUUCACAUUCUAG